CUGUAUGAUGCCGACGGCCACGAGCUGCUGGACUACACGUUGGCGUGGGGACUGCUGAUCGCCGGUUCCUGCCACCCGCGCAUCAACGCCGCCGUGCGCGAUCAGCUGAGGCGCAGCUACGCCGUCGGCGCCGGCCACGAGUUGGAGGUGCGGCUCGCGGAGCGCUUGACGGGAAGUGCUGCCGGGGGUGGACCUGGUUACGUUCGCUUCCUCCGGCAGCGAGAUCGUGCAGGUGGCGCUGCGCCUGGCGCGGGCGGCCACCGGCGCGACAAGAUCCUCAAGUUCGAGGGCCACUACCACGGCUGGAUGAACAAUGUGCUGGUGUCCCACCCACCCCCUCCGGCUGACGUGGGCGCGGCGCGGCCGGUGCCGGCGCUGGCCGCCGGGCAGCCGGCGGCCGAGUAUGCCGACACCCUGGUGGCGCCAUGGAACGACCUGGACGCGCUGCGGGCGGCGUUCGCGGCGCACGGCGAUGAGAUCGCCUGCGUGAUCACCGAACCGCUGCUGGCCAACUCCGGCUGCUGCGAGCCGCGCCCGCUACUUGGCCGGCCUGCUGGAGACCGCCCGUGCCCACGGCGCGCUGGUGAUCUUCGACGAGCGCGCGCGGCGUUCGCACCCCUGCUCGAUGGGCGCACCGUGCACUCCGGCUCCAACAACGGCUCGCCGGUCGCCGUCGCCGCCGCCCUGGCCACGCUGGAGGUGCUCUCCGAGCCGGACACCUACGACACCAUGCACGCCCACGGCCGCGCCAUCCGCCGCCACCUGGAGCAGGAAGCAAGCCGCCUCGGCGUCGAUCUGGUCACCUGCGGCGCCGGAAGCGUGUUCAGCGUUCACUUCGGCCUGCGCAAGCCGCCGCGCUGCUACGCCGACACCCUGGCAGCCGAUGCCACGGCGUUCGCCCGCUUCCCGCGUCCGCCCUGCUGCACGAAUGGUAUUUACCUGCUGCCCGACGGCCGCUGGUACGUCGGCGCCACCCACACCGACCGCGAGCUGCAGCGCACCCUCCCCGCCAUCACCGCCGCCUUGCAACACCGCCUGAGAUGGCGGUUGACCGGCGGGGGCGGGCGCGGGCAGCAUUGA